GCCCCUCCUCUGCGCUCCGGGAAUGCUGGGUUGUUUACAUUACUGGCACACGGGUCAGAAGUGCGGUGUGAUGAGGGGGGCCUAGUGGAGAGAGACUGUCUGAAAACACGUACACAUCUCGACUGGCUCUGCAGCAGCCGCAGUAGAGGCUCUCUCUCUCUCUCUCUCUCUCUCUCUCUCUCUCCCCCUCUUUAAAAAACAAAACUUUACAGCGCUCAAGCAACAGUGCCACGCAGGAAGAGAGGGCCCGACGAGUCGACUUUUUGAAGCGCCCUUGGAAAGAAAAGGGAAAGUCAAAACAAAGACGACCGCCAUAACCAUCAGGAGAAGCUCUCAACGUGAAGAAGGAACAGCUUAGCAACAGAGUCCCACUUCCUGAGGUGUAAAGGAUCAAGCUCCUGACACCAUGGAUAUGGACACCCAGCCACAAGGACAGCAAGCAGCCGUGCCAGUGUUUCAACCCCAGAAACCAUUGCAGCCAGAUAUGGGCCAUAACUCACUGGCUAACUUCCAGAUUGAGAAGAAGAUUGGUCGCGGCCAGUUCAGUGAGGUUUACCGGGCGACGUACCUGCUAGACAACACAUCAGUGGCCCUGAAGAAAGUCCAGAUAUUCGACUUGAUGGAUGCCAAAGCUCGGCAAGAUUGCAUCAAAGAGAUAGAUCUCCUAAAGCAAUUGAACCACCCCAAUGUGAUAAAGUACCAUGCAUCUUUUAUUGAGGACAAUGAGCUGAACAUUGUACUGGAGCUAGCAGAUGCUGGGGACCUCUCACGUAUGAUCAAGCACUUUAAGAAGCAAAGGAGGCUUAUCCCAGAGAGAACAGUGUGGAAGUACUUUGUCCAGCUCUGCAGUGCGCUUGAACACAUGCACUCCCGGAGAGUCAUGCACAGAGAUAUCAAGCCAGCCAAUGUAUUCAUCACAGCUACAGGAGUAGUGAAACUAGGAGACUUGGGACUGGGACGAUUCUUCAGCUCCAAAACCACCGCUGCUCACUCUCUAGUGGGUACUCCUUACUACAUGUCACCGGAGAGGAUACAUGAAAACGGAUACAACUUCAAAUCUGACAUCUGGUCGCUAGGAUGCCUGCUCUACGAGAUGGCAGCCCUACAGAGUCCGUUUUACGGGGAUAAGAUGAACCUUUACUCCCUUUGUAAGAAGAUAGAACAGUGCGACUACCCCCCUCUUCCCUCAGAUCACUACUCAGAGGAGCUAAGGAAACUGGUAGAUAUGUGCAUCAACCCCGACCCGGAGAAGAGGCCGGACAUCACCUACGUGUACGACAUUGCCAAACACAUGCAGAACAUGACACAGGGCAGCUAAGCCCAGAGUUACACACACUAUAGCUUGCAGAACACCUCCCCACCUCCUCCCUCGCUUUUCAUGCUGGACUCAUACACAUCUAUCAGCUUUUAUGUAAUAACUUACUCCAGAGCUCCUUGUGAUAAGUAGUGCUGUACAUGUAACAGAUUUUUUUCCAAGGUGGUGGUACAGUAUAUAACAUAACUGACAGUCAAAAUCUUUUCUGCCCUAGGAGAAAGAUUAAAGAGAUUACACUUUUUUGUCAGAUGGACCCCCCCCCCCAUCCCCUAGACUUCAGUAAUGGUACAGCACUGAAAAUCAGUGUCUAUAGCUUUGAAACACAUUUCCUCACCGUUCAUCAGCUGCUGCUACUAGCAGAUGUUAUUUAAAGCAGAUGUACUGGAAAUCUGUAAAAUUAGCCAAAAAAAAAAAUGUUAUGUGUUACUUCCAAAUCUCAAAACAGUUCAAUGCAAAUAUUCUUAAAAAAUCUUUGUUUGUAGGCUUUUAGUGGGUCUCAUGAGACCUGUAGCCAGCAAAUGGUGCAAAAAAGAUGAUGGAAACUUUGAAAGCAAUUGCAAAAAUUUGAGUGUAGAGAUUUUCACUCAGUGGCAGAAAACUGAGAGGCGUAACAGAGUGUUAUUGAUGGUUGAAGUGUUGUUGUGUUGCACUUUUUACCCUGGUACUGGAAGGCUGGCAGGGUGAUCAUGUCUAAUGAAUGUAUUAGGAAAGGAAGGAUCAUUUAGAGGGUAGACUAGAGACGUGCUGGGGGGAGAACAUGGACACAUGUCUCCACAACACUUUGAAUGUAAGUCAUUUUGACACCUAUGUAUUGUCUUUGAAAAUUUCAGAAUGCCUCUUUUUUGCCAGCCUAGAAGGAGUGGUAGAAACUAUAACAAAAGCAGUUUUAAAUCUGCUGUUUACCUUAGUCACUGACACCAAACUAUUUCCUCUUUGGUUCAAUUUGAACAACAUAUAUUUCUAUUAGAGUGUGCGAUUUGUCUUGUUUCAUUAUUAGUGAUGGUAAAUCACAAUGAAGACAUGAAAAAAAUCAAAACACUUAGUUCUCCAUCAUGGUUGGGUGCAGUGGUUCCCAACCUUUUAGGCCUGUGACCCCUUGUCACAUGUUACAUUGUCUACCAGUUAAGUUACAGAUCAUUGUGUUGAUUCAUUGUUUAUCAUUUUGUCCACAUAAUGUCAGAAAAUAGCGAAAAAUAUCCAUAAAGCUCUCUUACAUCUUCAGAUGUCUAGUUUUGUCUGAUUAACAGUCCAAAACCCAAAGAUAUUCAGUUUAUCAUCAUGUUCAACAAAGAAAAGCAAUAAAU